UUGCCAGCAGCCAUAGAUAUGUGCAGAGCUAUGGUAAGCGAAGAAUGUGCCAACAAAUUAAAAACUAUUCCGUUGUCAGACAACACAAUCGGAAGACGAAUUGGGGAAAUGGCAAAUGAUGUCAAAGACCAGCUGAUGGCAAAACUUCAGACAGUUCUGUUUUCCCUUCAAAUCGACGAGACGACAGAUGUUACUAAUGAUGCGCAACUGUUAACAUUUGUGCGAUACGAGGACAGUGGCACUAUGUGCGAGGAAUUUCUUUUUUGCAAACCACUGCCCGGGCGAACUACCGGUGUAGAAAUAUUUAAAGCACUGGACGAUUUUUUCACGGAGCACAAUAUCUCGUGGCAGAGGUGCGUUGCAUUAUGCAGCGAUGGGGCCCGAGCCAUGAGUGGCAGCAAGACUGGACUGUUUGCGCAUGUAAGGAGGGUGGCUCCGGGGGUAAUUUGGACACACUGCCUGAUUCAUAGAGAGGCUCUCGCCUCCAAAGAUCUCAGUGUUGAGCUCAGUGGUGUGUUUGAUGUCGUUGUCAAGACGGUCAACUUCAUAAAACGAAACGCAUUGAAUACACGCCUGUUUUCAUCCCUAUGCCAUGACUUGGGAAGUGAACACAGCUCUCUCCUUUAUCAUUCAGAGGUGCGUUGGCUGUCUCGCGGCGCUGUGCUCGCCCGUGUGUUUGAACUACGCGGAGCUAUCUACGAGUUCUUGUGCGAGAAGCAUUCUGAUCUGGCUUCCAAUUUCAACGAUAGUUACUGGUUAACUAAGCUGGCGUACCUCACAGAUGUUUUUGCAGAGCUGAACAAGUUGAACAGCUCCAUGCAAGGGAGAGAUGCAAACGUCAUGCAGCUCUACGAGAAGCUCGACGCAUUUGUGAAAAAAAUGUCAAAGUGGAUCGAACGAGUGGAGAGCAAUAACUUGGCGAUGUUUCCUUCAGUUGAGGAAUACCCUGACAGCACUGACAUCAACGACACUAUAUGUGAGCAUUUGAGGAAGCUUGUGCGUCAAUUCGCAAAGUACUUCACUGAUUCGGAAGAGUGGCGCCGUGACAGCAAGUGGAUCCUGCUCCCAUUCAGUGACGAUGCAUCAGUAGGGUCAAGUCUGACGGCUGUGGAAGAGGAUAAGCUGAUUGAGAUGUCCACAGACUCUGUCAGGAGGCAUAUGUACGACACACAGCCCCUUGUUAAAUUCUGGAUAAGUUGCCAGACAGAAUUUCCACAGCUUGCUGCAAAAGCAAUGAGGUGUCUUUUGCCCUUUCCAACCACAUACCUGUGUGAGAGUGGUUUUUCUACACUGGCGUACUUAAAGAAUAAGUACAGGGCUAGGCUUGAUCCAGAGAAUGACAUGAGACUGUCUCUGUCUACCAUUUCGCCACGAAUAGACAGGCUGUGUGGACUUCACCACGCCCAGAUAUCACACUGACAGCAGGUGAUUGGUGACAGGUCUGUCCUGGCUGGGUUAUAAAAGCCCUGACCAGCCAGCAGUUGAGGCUGCCUUGGUCUUCAUUUGUUGGAUUUUGGUUCUCCGGUGUUGUUGGAUUUUUGUUCUCCGUUGUUGUUUUGUCACACACCUAGACUGACUUUGCAUGACAUUUUUAGUUACUUUUCCCAAUACUGAAUUGCACAACACUUUAUUAUUCUUUAUUCUUUCUUUAAAAUAAUCUUUAAUUUAAUUUAAUUUAAUAAAUCUACUUUUAUUAUUAUAAAAUCUGCGUGGCCUCUCUUUCAUGUUUCAUGCAUUGAGCUAUGCAUGUAACACCAAAUACACACGCGCACGCGCAGGCACAUCAGUGGGCCGCGGAUUGCUUUCUAGUCCGAAUGGUGGUCCCUGGGACAAAACCAGUUGAAAACCCCUGCCUUACAA